CUAACAAACUUUCAGGCUUUUGACACCACCACCACCACCACCGUCGGAAAACAAUGAAGAUCCUCGUCGCCGUGCUCCUCCUCUUCAUCCUCAGCGUCAUCUCUCCGGCGACGGCGGAGAUCAAGUCACUGAAGAUCCGAUCCGAUAACCGUCCAAUGAUCCUCUUUGAAAAAUUCGGAUUCACACACACCGGCUUCGUCUCCAUCGAGAUCUCGGGCGUCUCCGUGACAUCAGCGCUACCUCAUCCAGAUCCAUCACGUCUCGGAUUCUUCCUUCUAUCAGAAGAAUCACUGAUCCAGGUCCUUUUACAACUUCAACAGAACCCUAACUUUUGUGUUGUAGAUUCUCAAUUUAUAACUCUGUUAUUCACUUUCCGUGAACUAUCGCCUCCGCCGCAUUCCAGUUUCAAUAAAUCAUAUCCUGUUACCGAUCCUAAUGAACAUUCCCUUUUUUUCGCCAACUGUAACCCCGAAUCUUUAGUUACUAUGGAUGUACGUACUGAAUUAUAUAAUACUGAUGACGGUGCCAAGGAUUACUUGUCCGCUGGCUUAACGCAGCUCCCGUCCCUCUAUUUCGUCUUUUCCUUGGUUUAUCUAGGGUUUUUAGCAGUUUGGGUGUCCAUUUGUCUCAAGAAUCAACGGUCGGUUCAUAGGAUACAUUUGUUGAUGGGUGGGUUGAUUGUCAUGAAGGCGCUUAACUUGAUUUGUGCUGCUGAGGACAAACAUUAUGUUAAGGUUACUGGUACUCCUCAUGGAUGGGAUGUUCUGUUUUAUAUCUUUCAGUUUAUUAGGGUCGUGUUGUUGUUCACUGUGAUCGUGUUGAUUGGUACUGGCUGGUCGUUUUUGAAACCCUUUUUGCAAGAGAAGGAAAAGAAAGUUUUGAUGAUUGUGAUCCCGCUUCAGGUUUUGGCUAAUGUGGCUUCGAUUGUCAUUGGGGAAACUGGGCCGUUUAUCAAGGAUUGGGUUACUUGGAACCAGGUGUUUUUGUUGGUGGAUAUUAUUUGCUGUUGUGCCAUUAUUUUCCCCAUUGUGUGGUCUAUUAGGUCGUUGAGGGAGACUUCUAAGACUGAUGGCAAGGCAGCUAGGAAUUUGGCUAAGUUGACUUUGUUUAGGCAGUUUUAUAUCGUGGUUAUUGGGUACUUGUAUUUCACGAGGAUUGUUGUUUUUGCCUUGAAGACUAUUGCUGCUUACAAGUACCAGUGGGUGUCCAGUGCGGCUGAGGAAAUUGCUAGCCUUGUGUUCUAUUUGGUGAUGUUUUAUAUGUUCCGGCCCGUUGAGAAAAACGAGUACUUUGUUCUUGACGAAGAGGAUGAAGAAGCUGCUGAGAUGGCUUUGAGGGAUGAAGAGUUUGAGCUUUAAACUUCUGUGUCGAGGAUCCUUUCUUGUUUUUAUCCGUCAUACUACUUUCUAGGUGAUACACUGUGAGUUGUCAAUUUAAACUUCAAGUAGUUUAAUCUGGAACAAUUUGAUGUUAAUUUUUCUUUUUUGUUAUAAUUAUGGAAUUAAUGAUAGUGCGUGUUCAAAAUUUUGUAAUAUCAUAUCAUCUGUUUGUCA